UGAAGAAGUUAGGUUUUACCAGUAAACCGUGCUGAAGAGGAUUGAAUUCCAGGUUGACAGGAGGAUCCCUGCAGUCAAUUGGAAGCCAUCCUCUCUCAGAGCAGCAAGAUGGGCAAAAAGAGCAGAGUGAAGACCCAGAAAUCGGGGACCGGUGCCACAGCUGUGGUUUCUCCUAAAGAGAUGAUGAAUUUAAUUUCUGAACUUCUGCAGAAGUGCAGCAGCGCUGCUCCCUCUCCUGGGAAAGAGUGGGAGGAAUAUGUUCAGAUCCGAGCUCUGGUGGAGAAGAUCCGUAAGAAACAGAAAGGGAUGUCUGUAUCAUUUGAGGGAAUCAGGGAAGACUUUUUUUCCGAGCUGAUGGCCUGGGCCGCAGAAUGCGGGGCAUCUUGUGAUGGUUUUGAGAUCUCCAACUUUGCAGACGAAGGAUAUGGUCUGAAGGCCACCAAAGAUAUUAAGGCUGAGGAGCUGUUCCUGUGGAUCCCUAGAAAAAUGCUGAUGACUGUGGAAUCCGCCAAGAACUCUGUCCUUGGGCCAUUGUACAGUCAGGACCGUAUCCUACAAGCCAUGGGCAAUGUGACCCUGGCUCUACACUUGCUGUGUGAGCGGGCCAAUCCCAGCUCUCCCUGGCUGCCCUACAUCAAGACCCUGCCUGCCGACUAUGACACCCCUCUGUACUUUGAAGAGGAGGAAGUGCGCCACCUGCUGGCCACCCAAGCCAUACAGGACGUGCUCAGUCAAUAUAAAAACACAGCGCGACAGUACGCCUACUUCUACAAAGUCAUCCAUACUCAUCCGAACGCCAGCAAACUGCCCUUGAAGGAUGCUUUUACCUUUGACGACUACAGGUGGGCAGUGUCUUCUGUAAUGACUCGUCAAAACCAGAUUCCUACUGCAGACGGAAGUCGGGUCACACUGGCUCUCAUCCCUCUCUGGGACAUGUGCAACCACACUAACGGACUGAUUACGACCGGCUACAAUCUAGAGGAUGACCGAUGCGAAUGCGUAGCUCUCAAAGAUUACAAAGAGGGCGAACAGAUCUACAUAUUCUAUGGUACGAGAUCCAAUGCAGAGUUUGUGAUCCACAAUGGUUUCUUCUUUGAGGACAACGCACACGACCGUGUGAAAAUUAAGCUGGGUGUGAGCAAGAGCGAGCGUUUGUAUGCCAUGAAGGCAGAGGUUCUGGCCCGUGCAGGGAUUCCUGCGUCCAGUAUCUUUGCCCUGCACUGCAGCGAGCCGCCUAUAUCCGCUCAGCUCCUGGCCUUCCUGCGUGUCUUCUGCAUGACUGAAGAGGAACUCAGGGACUACCUGGUGGGCGAUCACGCCAUCAACAAGAUCUUCACCCUGGGCAACACCGAAUUCCCUGUCAGCUGGGAGAACGAAAUCAAGCUGUGGACGUUCCUGGAAACACGGGCUGCGCUGCUUCUCAAAACCUACAAGACAACCUCAGAGGAGGAUCGCUCCAUGCUGGAGAAGCCUGACCUGUCCCUGCACUCCCGCAUUGCUAUAAAGCUACGGCUGGCGGAGAAAGAGAUUCUGGAGCGCGCCGUGUCCUGCGGUCAGGCCAAGCGCCUGCACUUCCAGAAGCAGCUGGACGAAGGAGCCUCGCUGCCGCUCUACGAAGAAAGUGACAUCGCCCUUUUGGAGAACACAGAUGCCAAACUCCCCAUCAUCCUGCGCAAACUGGAAGAAGAAGACGAGCACGUUCAGGAGGAGAUGAACCUGGCCGAAAUCAAACCCGACGCUGCCUGCCUGGACUCCUCCAUGCCCCCUGUUCUUAACGGCCAGUGUAAAGAUCUCAAUGGUACUCAAGAGGAUCCUUCAGGAAGUGAUGCAGUGGUGAAAGGGUGUGAGGUAGAGAAGCAUGACCCAAGUACCAAACGAACUGAAGGUGAACCAAAAGAUGGUGGCAAAUAGUCCUGACCAGUGCGCGGUGGCAAUCUUAGUUCCUGCUCUUUAUUUAUUUUUGUUUAAGAGACUCACAAAUAGGAGCAAACGCUUUCUAAACACAACAAUGCAGAGGAUUUCAGUUUAAACGUUUUUGUUUGUUUUUUAAUAAAUGCAGCUUAAGUAUGAGCUAGCUCAAGCUAUUAAAAGCCUGUUUUUUUUUUUUUUCGUUUGAGUUUUUAAUCAGUGCCACAACUUUUCUUUUGUAGUAGCUUCACUCGUGCUGCCAGACACGUUCCUGUUAACAAGGUGAGGAAGUAACCAAUCAUAUGGACAAGGCUUGCUCAGACUUAACGAAAUGAAAAAUAUAUAUAUAUCGAAGACUUUAACAUGGUAAUGUUGCCAUGGAUGUUUCGGUUUAGUCAUCUAAAAUGCUGACUAAGGGAUUUUUACUUCUCUCUAACCAGCCGUUGCUGUAGACCAUGGCAGAAACAUGCUUGACGUUCAGUGCCGCUUGACAAUCAUUACUCUUAUGUUCUGACAUUGAUCCGUGAAGAGAUCAUCACUGAUGCACGCUAGUUACUUUACUCACAUAAAAAGUAAGGUUACUGAAAGUCUCAACGAAGUGAACAUUAGUUCCAGUUUUGAAUGUUGUAACCUGAACCAGAGGAUAGGAGAUUAUUUGUGGCUUUAUGGUUACUCUUUGCUGUGAAUGUAAUUCUAAGUUUGUGUGUUAAAACCAUUCACUCUUUAGGAUGGUAUACAUGUUCAUUUUAAUUCUUCUAUGCUAAUGAACAACCUUGCAGUUAAUAGACGGACUAUGAUCUCGGAGGACUAACUCCCUCAUACUGGAUCUUUGAGAAAUCUUUUUUUUUUUUUUUACUUGCUUCUCUUUAUUUUUAAUGCAAGUAUUACGUGUUUUAUUUAAGUAUUCACUGCAAAGUUCACUAAAGUGGUCAUCUUUAAGCCUUGACAAAUGUCAUUUAAUUGAAGUAGAAAUAUUGAUCCAGGAUGAAGACCUUGUGCAUUUACAGAUGUGCACCUCCCACAAGGCAAAACUCUGUUCCUGUCAGCUUUUAAACGACAAAACAUUGGGGACUAUUAAUCACUGGAACAGUUCACCCAAAAAUGAACCUCUACCAUUGUUUAUUUACCCAAAUGUUGUUUGAAAUCUGUAUUUUUUUUAUUAUUAUUUUAGACCUUAAAGCUUAAAAUUGCAACGGGGGUAACCAAGAGCCGCAUCACCAAAAAGCUUAAUGAAAGUGGUUUAUACAUGCAACUUGUGUUUUCAAGUCUUCUGAAGCCAUAUGAUAGCUUUGGGUAAGGAACACACUGACAUUUAAGUGAUUUAUUGAUAAUAUUUCAUUUUUUUCCUCACACGAUGCUAUCAUAUGGCUACUGUUGUUUUUUUGGAGCUUUACCCCCUUGGUCACUAAGAACUGGCAAAAUUAAAUGUGUGUGUUUUUUUUUUUUAUCUACUAAUAUAAUAAUACAAAUAGCACAAUUAUGGUUUGGUACCACAUAAGGCUAAGUAAAUAAUGAUUCCGUUGCUUUUUGGGUAACCUAAUUGUUAAAUCUUGAGUCUCUACCCAGUCACAUGAUCCAUCAGUAGUGACUUAUGAGGUGAUGAGAAAUUAAUCGAAAUAUGCCCCCAGUGUUUUGUUGUGCUUUUGAAAUCCCAUAUGUUGAAAUUGAAACUGCAUUACUUUUAAUGUGUUCUGCCCAUAAACAGCACUGUUCAGAAUGGUUUGUUUUCGUUGAAAGAUGUUUGAGUGUAUGGAAGCCUUCCACUUGUUCUUGCUGCUUCUGUAUAUAGAUUUAUAGCUUUGAAAGCUAACAGCUUUAAUACACUUAUUCUCAAAUCUUUAACAUGAUCUAGCCAUAAAGAAGAGACAUAGUGGAUUGCACUGACUCCUAGUACAUCAGUAUGACUGUAUAGGUAAAAGCCAUUAGAGUCUGUCUACAAUGACAAGUCCAAGAUUAAAGUUGUGUGCAUUUUUCACCUGAAUCAAAUAAGGUGGAGUGCUUUUCUUCAAAUCUC